AUCAAGAGCUCGAGAAGACUUGAAGAUGGAUAAAUCGAAGCAGGCUAUGCAGUACACAGUGGAGGCUAUGCAGUAUCUCGUUGGAGGCAGAGCACGUCAUCCAAUCAGCAUGUCUGGACGACAAAGCGUUGUGGAUCGCAUGCAGGCGGCCCGUCAUACGAUAUCGGGAUCAGACCUGGCGAAGUCGGUAUGCAAAGCCACGACUGAGGAGAUGAUGGGACCGAAGAAAAAACACUUGGAUUAUCUACUGCAGUGCACUGCUGCAGAACAUAUCAGCAUUCCAGACCUAGCAGACCAGAUUGUACAUAGAUCAACCAAUGGCAACUGGGUCGUCGUUUUCAAAACGUUAAUAACAACACACCAACUCAUGGUCUAUGGCAAUGAUCGCUUCAUGUGGAAUCUAGCAACGAGAGCCAGUGUUUUCAGUUUGGAUGAUUUCACAGACAAAACAAAUGUGCAAGGAUAUGACAUGUCAACAUACAUCAGGCGGUACGCCAAGUACCUCAACUGCAAGGCUCUAGCAUUCAGACAAAUGGCAUUUGAUUUCUGUCGGGCUAAAAGAGGGAAGGAAGAAGGAGUACUAAGAACAAUGUGUGCAGAAAAACUCCUGAAAACCCUUCCCCCUUUGCAAGACCUAAUGGAUGCCCUACUAGACUUUGAGGUCACGUCCAAUAAUCUGUCCAAUGGUGUAAUAAAUAGUGCAUUCAUGCUCCUGUUCAAAGACAGCAUACGGCUGUUUGCAUGCUACAACGAUGGAAUCAUCAAUCUCUUAGAGAAGUACUUUGACAUGGGCAAGAAAGACUGCCGUACAGCGCUGGACAUCUACAAGAAAUUCCUGAUUCGCAUGGAGAGGAUAGGAGAGUUCCUCAAAGUAGCCGAGCAAGUGGGUAUCGACAAGGGAGAAAUUCCAGAUUUAGCGAAGUUUGGUGAUGUGCCACCUGAAUAUAAAACAUGUCCUAAUAUGUUGUUUCCAUGGAAACCACUGGAUACGGGUAAGGCCCCAAGUAGUCUGUUAGAAGCCCUUGAGCAGCAUCUGGCAUCCAUCGAAAGCAGCAAAAAGUCAAACUGGAACAAAGCCAAUACAGUCCAGACAGUUUUAAACGCAUUCUCAUCAUCAGCAGCAUCCAUCGACGAUAACGACAAGAAGAAGGCCCUCGAGGACGAGAAGGCAAGAUUAGCGGCACUCAAGAGUUUUAGCCACACCUCUCAGAGUUUUAGCCACACCUCCCAGAGUUACAAUGAAGUGGGAACAACCAUCCUGUUUGACUUUAAUGAUCAGGAGCAAAGAUUGAAAGAGACCCAGCAGUCGGAGCAGUCCAUCACUUUCACGCCGGAGCCUGUAGUCCAGAGCACCCCACAGAUGGCAGCAGCACCAGCAGCAGCUCCAGCUCAAACUUCAAACCCCUUCAUCACCGCCCCAGCGCCAGCGGCACCCCAACCUGUCGCAGCAUCAACAUCCGGCCAGGAUCUGUUUGCCGCCCCCGCAGUGAACAACAACAAUCAACCAGGCAUGAAGCCCUCACAGGACCUGAUGUUCCUCCAGUCCAACCAGAUGACCACCAUUCUCCAUGCUCAGAUGGCCACUCAGGCCAUGACCUCCAACCAACCUCCGCAAUGGGGGGGAUCACCAAAUGACAUGGCAGGAUCCUUAGAUCCUCCUAACCCCUUUACCUCAAGUAAUCCCGCAACCCAAGCUAAUGUAGAUCAACCCCCAUUCCUGGCUGAUUUUGAUGGUCAAGCCCCCGUCCUGGAGCACACUGACCAGUCUGUUGAGCCCGAGGAAGGUGCUAGUAGCACCAAACUUGAUCCCUUUGCUGGCAUUGAAGAUGAUUACAUGAAGACUAAAAAGGGCGCUGACCCCCAGGGGGAUCUCCUGGCCCCCUUAGCGCCUCAGACGUUUUCCAUGAAUCAGUUAGAUCCUUUGUCUCCCAGUGUUGCUUCCGAUGGUUCCCUCAUGACCACCCAAGCCCCCUCUCAGCCCGUGCAGGUGCCAAACUAUUCCCUAUCCUUUGAUACAGCUACCCCUGGCUUCCUACCAACCAGUGACUCUGUUGCUCCCAAAUCACCCGCUCGCAGUCCUAUAACCCCAAAUUAUUCCCCUAUGUUAGACCCUAUCAGCCCCAAUGCGUCAUCAGCUAUUGACCAAGCAGCCCCCAAGUCUCCGUUCGGUAGCCCUGCAGCCCCUAAUUAUUCAGUGUCGUUUGACCCAAUGGGCCUUAGCCUGUCCCCAGCCAAGACUCCCAAGUCACCUGCCAUGAACCCCAAGUACUCCCCUACCCAUCACCCCACCCCCUUCCCAUCCCCAAACCCAUCCCCCCAGGUUCCUCUGCAGAAUACCCUGGCUUCGUCGUCACCCUUUGUGACUAAUCCUUCAUCAGACUUUACCCCCAUCACCACCGCUUCAGAUGACACCCAGGGAGGAACCCACUCCUGGGACGUCGACAAGCCCUCUGAGAUAGAGUCCAUCUUUGGAGCUCGACCUUUGACCCCGUCUACUUCUGCUACAGUAGACCAGGGUGUCCUUGGACAAUGCUUUGAAAGUUUUGCAAAUAAUAAUGACAUUGGGGCAAACUUUGACAAGGCAUUCGGAAGCAGUGUGCAGCCAGCAGCCCAAACCACCGCACCCAUCAUGGGAGAUGUCCUCCAGCCCAUGAACCAACAAUAUGUACCCCCCUCACAGGCAGAGGUCAUGGCCGCCAACGGGGGCAAGAAUCUCGACACAACACUCGUCAAAUUGGCAACAAAUCUCGAUAUUAAAGGUGUAGCCUCUCCUAAAAAAACUGCUGGAGCUGGGAGUGGAAGUGGUGCACUUGAUUUUGAUCUUCAUGGAAUGGGCCGUUUGAAGACGGAACAUCAGUGGACCAAGAACUCACCAUCACAGAGGACCGGAGGGGCCGGUUGGUCACCCCAGAAGGGCCCCAUCGGGUCAUCGGCUGCCCCUGCAUGGGGUGUUGCAGCAGCAGCCCCUAUGGGAGGUUACAUGGAGCUUGAGUCUGCACCAACACCUCCACCACCAAAUACUACCAUGAGCGGUCAAACGGCCGAUUGGAGGGGUCAAGCAUUCUCAGGACAAUUUGGUGCUCAACAAGCAGGGAUGGCCCAACCUGGAAUGGGCAUGGGUGUAAGACCGAUGGGCAUGGCACCCGCGGGCAUGUUUGGACAACCUGUUGGAGGUAUGGGUCAACCUAUGUAUAAUCAACCAACGAGACCACCUACACAAGCUCAAGCACCCGCAGAUCCAUUCGGUAAUCUCAUCUAGCUCCACAGAUGUCAGUCAUCUCCACAGAGAUAUAUGGAUAUAUGAAUAUAUAUAUAAAUAGAUAAAUAUAUAAAUAUAUAUAUAUUAUGAUAUGAGUGCACAUUUUCAAAGUGGAGAAAAGAAGCUGUUUGUGACCAAUUAUGUAGAAACCAGCCCCACGAAUCAAGAAUUUUUUUUUCUCGAUGGCGUCCACUCUCAUACGUUAUAUUUUGUGAUUGAGCGAUUCCAGUCAUCCAUGUUUAUGUUAGUGCAAGUGGGCUCAAACAUCAAAGAUAGAUAUCUUCAUUUUGUCAAAGUGUCAUUGACAUGGAUUGAUUCUAUAGUGCUAUACCCUGAAGAUUUAACCCUUUGCCUCUGUCAAUUGAAUGGUUCCUGUAUUUUGCAUAGGAAAUUAGAUAGCUUAGUAGUAAACGGGUUAAGUGAAUUUUCGUGUUGGAUUUGUGAACUACUCUUGCACACAACCUACAAGUUCUUUGUCAUGAUGAAUACAUGUGUAUGAAUGAAGUCCUAUGUCCAUAAACACAAACACAAAGGACAAAGUCUUUAUCAUGAACUUCAGUAUAAGUCAGUGGAAUAUGAAAAUGGAAGCAACAAGAAGAGCCUGUUUAUUAAGGCAAAGCAUGUAACGCUGUGAGACAAAACAGUGUGCUUAUAUGGGUCAGUUAUGGAUGGUAUGGUGAGUUCUCACAUCUGGACCCUUCAGCUUUGUUUGACAACUAAACAUCAGCUGUGUCUCUGCACCUUUUACAGAUGCUGGGCAGUUCCAGGUAUGAUAAGAUCCCAGAAGUACAUCGUAGUAUGUAGUUACAUCUAAGGCUUGUCAACAUAGGGCAUGGUAAACUGCCACAACAAACCAAAGUUUCUGUGCUUAACUAAAAACACUCUGAAGGCCUCGUUCAGAUGUGAUGCUGCAAAACUUCAGUGUUUUUAAAAAGUUUUGUUACGAUGACGUACACAGAGCUUAGUGAACACGGGCAGGACCUUUAUGGUGCCCAGUUACCAUUCAUUGACGUGUACAAAAAACCUGAGGUGGCUUUUUUGCGGCGGUUUACCGUGUCAUAUCUAACGAGCCUUAAUUGUUCUUACUUUUGGUUUUGUUCUAAGAUGAAAGAAUGCUAACUGCAUUAUGCGUAUGUCAUUUUGCUGCGGUAGUUUUUGUGGUUGUUAUUUAAUGUGGGAGCCUUGCGUUAUUGUGUAGGGCUGCUGAAAGAUCUAAACCCUAGGAUACCUUAGGUUGAAACCCACUGAAAAAAGGCAUUUUCAAGCUAAUCUUGAGUUCUAUUAAUAAAAUUUAAUUUAAGACAAAGUCUGAUUUAUUAUGAUGCAAUAUAUGAGCUGUUGGGCCAUAAAUGGAUGAAUAAAUACAUUAUGUGCUCUAUAUCACAUUGAAAUGCACACUUCAGAUCAUGUUCUGGUUUCUUAAGUGUACAAACCUAUGAUUAUUCAAGAAAUUUCUGCACCAUUUGGAGCACACACACACAAAACAAAAAUCAUUCAAUAAUCACCAAUCAUUUUGUACAUAUGAAUGAUCAUCUUUUUGUCAAAGUAAUAUUUUAUAAUGCAGAAAGCAAUGUGUUGAACAUGUAACAUAUUAUGAAGACAUCCUUUUUCAAUGUCUACCUUUUGAUCUUUAAUAUAUAUUCUAAUCAUGACCCUACUGCCAACGAAUAUUAAGUAGCGUAAGGUUUGAUGUAAUGAACACCUUCAUCAUUGGAGCAGUGUUAAUUGCUCACUUGAAUGGAGACCAUUUACAUAUACUACCUUAAGAAUAAUAGGGAGUAGUAGGAUAAGUAUAGGACCAUGAUUAUGAAAUUUCAUCUUUGCGCGACUCAAAUCUUGUACAUCAUCAUCUACCUGAAUUUUGGCGUUUCCAUUUAUAGAUUUUACUUUUUCUUAAAUAUAAUGUUGAUGUAAGAAAUAUGUCAUGGAUAUUUCAAAUACAUGUAUAAAUUUAUUAGGUGUGCAUAUGUAUUUUUUGUACCCUUGCCUUGUAUGGAUAUAGAAGGCAUUAUGAAUUAUGGACCAGCAUUAAUAAGAAGUACUUUGUUUAAUGGAUACUGUGCUCGACCAUGUAUAUCUCCAAUUGUUCAGAGCUGUGGUAUUUAGGGAAAAUGAUAACUUAGAAAUCAUCAUCUGAAAGCUUAAACCAAAAUUUAAGUCAAAUCUUAGAUGAACUUUGAUUCGGGAAAUAGAUGAAGUUUCUACAACUUUGAGAUUAGUUUAUAUUUUAAUUGCCACAACACGCAUCAAAAUCGUUGUUUUUAAAUUUAAUUUGCAAUGAUGUUUGAGGGGUUAAAAUAUGCACAUGAAGAUUAAGCAUUUGUAUGUCCUAAACUAAAAUGGAAGUUGACUGUAUACAGAUGAUCAUUUGGUUUGGAGUUGGUAGCAAUGUCAUGUGUAACAUGCAUUUUGUGAUGUGUAAUUCAAGACAUUUUUCUUAAUCAAUAUGAUUAUGUUGAAAAGUUAUUGGAUUGCAUAGAAGAUUUAUCACGGAUUAGACAUAGAAUGUGUACAUUUGUAGAAAAUUACUUGUUUGAUAAAAAGGGGGAAAGUUAUGUUAUUUCUUAAUGUUUAUUGUGUGUUGGGUGAGUGUCUGUGUGCAUAUUAUAUAUAGGAAAAUGAAUUGAUGCAGGUAUGUAAAUCUGGAUGUCAAAUUGAUUCAAAAUAAAAUGGAGUGUGUGUGAGAGGGAUAGAGAUACAAAGAGAGAGAGAGAGAGAGAAAGAGAGAGAGAGAGAGAGAGAGAGAGACGAGAGAGAGAGAGAGAGAGAGAGAGAGAGAAAGAGAGAGAAAGAGAGAUAUAUAAUUGAAUUGAGUGUGAGGCAGUGUUUGUAAUUUUUGUUUUACGAAUAUGCUAUUUUGGUCGGUGAAUUAAUAGCUACAUACCAUACAUUGUAAUACAACUGUUCAAGUGUGUUAUAAAUGUGCUGAAUUAUUACUCUGUCAGUUGUCAUUUCCAUGGAUCGACAUCUUAAAACCAUUUUUUAGAAUUUACAUUGCCUGAUGUUUCUGAGUUUGAGGGAAAUAUAAUGAAGAUGAUAGUUAUCUGCAUUUCUACCCAUGGUAUGAAUUACAGGUUCCGUAAAACGGUGAAGAGACUGUAAGUUGACUUUGUAUAAUUUUAAAGUUUUGUUUAUACCCCUCCCCUCCAGAAAUGAUUUAGACCCUCUUUAUCCUUUUAUUUAUCAUGUAUCAUGUUUUAAAGAAAUGGAAAGGGUCUGCAUCAUUCAGGGGGUGGGAGGGGGUGCAAAAUCACAUCAAAAACUUGUUAUCCUUACUCACUCUGGGUCCUGUAACAUGAAGCAAAGCAAUUGAAUGUACAAUUGAUUUUUGCGAUUGACUGCACAUAGUGCUCAAUGCAAUCAAUCCGGAAAAAUCAAUCGUGCAAUCAAUUGCUAAGCUUUUUUUUACGGGCCCUAGUGUCCCUGUUUCAUAUUGGGGCACAUCAAUGUUGAGUAAAUGCCUUCAAAUAAAAUUAUAGUGCAUUUGCCAACUGAACAUGCCAGUGACACUAAGCGAUUCUGGAUGAUUCAACCCUUCUCUGAACCAUGCCAUAUGAUUGCAGAAACAGAUCUUGAUAUUCUACCAAGUUAAAAUUCUAGAGUUGAAAUGCCCCAUCAUUUGCUUUUCCAAAUUGGUAAUUAGUAUAGCUGAAGCAAAUCUCUAGAUCAAGUAAUGUAAAAGCACAUAAAAACCACAGACAUAUGUUUGGUGUUUUAUGGGUUAGAAUACAAAUCUGCCCUUGAUGAAAUAAUUGUCAUCAGGUGUUGUAAAAGCAAUCUUUACUUUGCUUUAGCAGUGUUCCAAAUGAAUGUAUGAUGUUAUGUAUGCAAAACAAGAACAAGAGAUGCAUUCUUGUUUUACUACAGUGAAAGCAAUAUCAAUUUUAUUUCAUAUCUUAUCUUGUUCAAUCGUUUAUUAUUUUAUUUUUAUUUACUCUUUUGUAUUUAUGUUGAUGGUUAGUUAUGCUUUACUCCACAAUGGAUGUUAUAUAUCAUUAAUGACACUGAUGUGUGUUACAUGUUAUCUAUCUGAUACAACAAAGUCUACUAGAUAAAUGUUCAUGUUGAAUGCUAAUAUCCAACUAACUACCCAAAAUCUUGAUGGACCAUGACGUAAUAAUUGAUAAAGGGUAUUUUCCGUACUGUGAUGUAAAUUAUUUGUACAUUUACACCUCAUCCAGUCUAAGAAAAGACAUUGUUCCAUAUUCUAUCUAUUGAGUGUAUAAAUGGGAUUGUCCUCCGAUCAUUUAAUCGAAAUGUGGUUUAUGAAAAUAAAGAGAAAUUAUGUCUAUAAUGAAAAAGAGAGCUUUAAACUACAUGUACAAAUUCUAGAAGAGUUUAAGAGCAGUUUGAAAUCCUGUAUUUAGACAACGUUUAAUGUCUUUCCUCUUUUUGAUAUACUGUUUACGAUUCUCUAUUAGUAAGAUCCCUAUUAGUCCCUUGCAUCUUAAUUUCUACUAUGCAGUCAGUCUACCCGCAAGCUCCAGUUUCUAUGAAAUGAAUAUUGAGUGUUUUCAAGCUGUCAUCUGUGAAACCUUUGUGGUCAGAUUUGUCUUGUCUAUUUUUACGAAUGUGACAGAAUUAUGUAUCAACCAUUCGUUUGUAAUUUUUUUCUCAGAGCCGUAUCUACUUCUAUCCGUAGAGAAUGGAAAUAUGUUGGUCUCGUGACCCAAUAAAUGAAAAUAAAGUGAUGAAAAGAAA